GCGGCGCUGCUCCAGUCCUCAGCGGCAGAGCGGCGGUUCGGAGUGGAAGCGGAACGGACGCGCUGCACACGAUCGGAGCGCAUAACGGAGAGAAACUUUAUUUCCAACUCCGCAUCGACGGCUUGUGUCUUUAUUAAGGAGGAACGUCGACGUCGAAACUCGAGGUCUUCGCAUCGAGCCAUGCGCGCCCCCCUGGCACCCUGACGCCGAGGAGCACGGGAUGGCCGACAGGGAUGGGAAGGGCGAGCCGGCCCUGGCGCCCGGCCGGGUCUACAUCGAGGUGGAGUACGACUACGAGUACAAGGCUAAGGAUCGCCUGGUGACCAUUCGACAGGGCGAGUGCUACAUGCUGGUGAGGAAGACCAACGAGGACUGGUGGCAGGUGCGGCGCGACGAGGGCACCAAGGCCUUCUACGUGCCCGCCCAGUACGUGCGAGAGCUGCGCAAGGCCCUCGUGCCGCCCCAGAAGCCGCAGGGCUCCGGCCGACUUAGGCCCGGCGUGCUGGAAAUCCACAGGUCAAAUGAAAACCUCAACAAGCCGCACGAAAUGACCAGCUUCGGGCGGCCGGCGUCCGGCCCCAGGGACGCCAACCAGAACCUGAGCAGCCCUGGGCACUUUCUCAACAACAACAACCAUCAUCACGGUGGCGGCACCCCUGACUCGCCCACCCACAGGGCCUUUGAUCAUGGGAGGCACCCGUUGGACCCGGACAGGGACAGGACGACUCCUCCCUGCGAUUCGGUCGGCGAGGGUUCGGAGAAGUUCCGGCACGACUCCGAGUCCGGUGACGACCUCAGCAGCAGCUCCACGGAGCAGGUACAGGCUGCCUCUCCCCUGGGGCCGGGCAGGGCCGAGUCUCCGGUCUACACCAACCUCGAGGAGCUGAAGAUAUACCAGGCCAGCCUGCCGCCGCAGCCCACCAACUUGCCCCUCCACGCCGUCGGCGAAUGGGAGACGCACCAAGACGCCAGCGGUCGCCACUUCUACUACAACCGCGCGACACAGGAGCGCACGUGGAAGCCGCCGCGCAGCGGUCGGGGCGAUGCGGGGGGCGCCGCGGAUGCGGAGCCUCUGUCGUCCGAGGAGACCUGUCACAGCACGCGCUCGAGCCAGUCCGACAGCCAGUACGGGUCGCCCCCCCGGGGCUGGUCCGAGGAGCUGGACGAGCACGGACACACCCUGUACGUCUGCGAAUACACGAACGAGAAGUGGAUCAAGCACGUGGACGAACAGGGGCGGCCGUACUACUACAGCGCAGAUGGCUCCCGGUCUGAGUGGGAGCUGCCCAAAUACUGCGUCUCCCCGCCGCAGCCCGGGGACACGGCCAAGAGCCGGAGCCUGGAGAGGAAGCAGCCCGACCCCAUCGUGCUCACCAAGUGGAGGCACAGCACCUGUGUGUUGGACCUCAACGACAAGGAGUUGGCGACGGGCCCCAAGCAAGGUUCCCCCGAUUCAGACUCGUGUCCCUCGUCCCCCAAGUAUCCCUCAGCAGUCAAUGCCCCCUCCCCACUGCACUCCUCUUCUCCCACCUCCCCUCAUCCCCAGGAUCCUCUGACAGGACAGCCCUCAGAGAAGUGUGGUGUUCUGAAUGUCACCAAAAUCACGGAAAACGGGAAGAAAGUUAGGAAGAACUGGACCUCAUCGUGGACGGUGCUGCAGGGCUCCUCGCUGCUGUUUGCCAAGGGCCAAGGGGGAGGGACCAGCUGGUCAUACCACCUCAGUGGCUCCAUCCCCGAGCUGCUCCUCUCGCUGCUAAGCAACUGGAAGCGCUCAGCCAAGCCCCACCGCGCCGUCUCCUACGGGCAGCCCGGGCCCGUCCCGGCCGCCGCUAAGUUCGGAGGGAGUCAGUCCAAGCCGGAGUUCACAGUGGAUCUCAGGGGUGGCUCGGUGGAAUGGGCCUCAAAGGACAAAUCCAGCAAGAAGCAUGUCAUAGAGCUGAAAACCCGCAAGGGGACGGAGCUGCUCAUCCAGUCGGAGAUCGACAGCGUCAUCAAUGACUGGUACAAGACGCUGGUAGAAACCGUCAACACCCACGCCUGGGAGUCUGAUGAGGCCAUCGAGGAGGACAUGCCGGAGUCCCCGGGGACCGAGAAGCAUGAUAAGGACAAGGAGAAGGAUCAGCGGGACUCGAAGAAGAACAGAACCAUGAAGAUCACCAACAGCAUGGACGCUGACCAGAAGAAGACCAGGGUGAAGCUCAAGAAGUUUCUCACACGGCGACCGACCCUUCAGGCUGUUAGAGACAAGGGCUACAUCAAAGACCAAGUUUUCGGCUGCAGUCUGACCAGUCUGUGUCAGAGGGAGAGCACCACUGUGCCCAACUUUGUCAGGAUGUGCAUUGACCACGUGGAAAAGACGGGACUCGGUGUGGACGGCCUGUACAGAGUGAGCGGGAACUUGGCGGUGGUACAGAAGCUGCGCUUUGCGGUGAAUCACGAUGAGAAGGUGAACCUGGAGGACAGCAAGUGGGAGGACAUUCACGUCACCACCGGAGCUCUAAAGAUGUUCUUCAGGGAGCUGCCAGAGCCGCUCUUCACCUACAGUCACUUUGGCGACUUCGUCAACGCCAUCAAAUGUCCGGACUACAAGCAGCGUGUCCAUUUGAUUAGAGAUUUGUUGAAGCAGCUGCCGAGACCCAACCAGGACACGAUGCAGGCCCUCUUCAUGCACCUCCGCAAAGUGGUUGAGAACGGCGAGCUGAACCGCAUGACCACCCAGAGCGUAGCCAUCGUGUUCGGUCCCACCCUGCUGAGGCCCGAGACGGAGACAGCCAACAUCGCCGUGCACAUGGUCUACCAGAACCAGAUCGUGGAGCUCAUCCUGCUCGAGUACGACGCCGUCUUCGGCAGGUAGAGCCCCCCUCCCCCCCCCCCCCCCCCCCCCCCCGGAGAGGCCCGGUCUCGAGCACCGUGACCCCCGAGCUUGUGCUUGUGACUUCUGCAGUGGACCAACCAGUUUAAAUGCGUAUUAAUCUAAUAAAUGAUGAGAUCCACGAUUAUAAUAUUAAUAACCAGACUUCUUGACUUUGCACUUAACGUUUGGAGCUGUGUACAGUUACAGUACUUUCGGUUGCCAUUUUUUGCGUGCGGAAGUGCCAUUUCUUCUGGAACGUGAGACUCGGACUUCGUUUCGGGGGGUUCUCUUUGGGGGGCGUGCGACCGUCACCCUGCCCGCCUCGUCUCAUCCUGCGACGGAUGGAAUAUUCCGGAUAACUUUCCACACACUGGAUUCUGCGGCCAGUAUCGAGGACGGACCCCUGCGUGCGUUUGGUUUAAGAGGACCGCGGGGGAGCGUGAGCUCGACCCGACCUUCGCUUUGGGAGCGAAUCGAACCCGAGACCCCGUGGGACGUGCUGCUGUUUUCGGGAAUAGUCCCUGCGUGGUGUAGGGUAACCAGGCACCCGGUGGCAGCGCUUCUCUUUCGGGAUAAGCUGACCUGGACGUCUUCACCUGCUAAGGAAGUGUCUGCUGACCAGGGAGGACAAAGCGAAGGAGCGUCCAUCAGGGCCAGGCGUGUCCCUGCACCGGAGUUCCUCCCUGUGGAGGUUUAGGUUUUUGCAGUGUUAGAGAAGUGUGGUGAGCCUCUGGGGGGCGCUGCUGCGGGAGAACGACUUCGCUUUUCCUCUUCCUGCUGCGUUCAACUCCGUCAGACAUCGGAGUUUCGGGCGGCGAUGCGGGGUUAGUAGGAGGGGCAACGCGUCCUUCCGGGACCGGCGGCUGUAGACGAGCACUCGGUCGCCAUGGCGAUCAUCAUCAUCACACUCAAAGGAUCCUGCCGUCCUUGGAGCUCAUCGCCGUGGCCGCGGUCCCCGCUUCUCCUCGGGUCUCAGCAGGGCAGCUGGCAAGUGGGGAAAAACUUGAUCGUCUGGAACUUAGAACCCGUGUUAAGGAGUAAGGUCAGGGAUUUUCUGUGUUUUUCUGUAAAUAGGCAGAGGACUCAAUCUCCUCCCAGUGUUUGUGCAGGACUGGGCCGUAUAGCUUUGGGGUUCGAGGCGCUACGCCGACAGGGCGACGGGAACGCGAUAUUUCCGACCCUUGUUUUUUUUUUUUUUUCUCUCUUACCUUCUGCCCCACUUUCUCUCGCUCUUCUUUUGUUUUAAUUUCUGUAAAUGGAGGCAAAGAAGCCCAGAAAUGGAAAUGUAAUAUUACCUUUUUAAACCGUGGUGAAAUGCGUGUCCUUUGUCUGACUCUUUAAAUGUUGUUGUCCCCCCCCGCCCUUUCUUAUUUUUCCAAAAUUUUCCAGACAGCUAUGAACUGUUCAGCAGGAGCGGUACUGGAUAUAGUGUUACUCUGGUGUGCUGUAAGCGGUACAGUUGCCAGCUGCCCUCUGCAGAAGAACACAAUGUAAACCGAAUCGUACAGAUUCCUAAUAAGCGGAGUUGCGCUCGUUCACGUAUGAGCGGAUGGAGAGGGAGGUCGCCGCGCUUUGAUCGCUGCCGAGCGUACAAAUGACGCCGGUCUCUUUUGGGAAGCUUGGUCAACUGCACACUUUUUGAAUGUAAUAUUUUUUGUUUUCGAACUAACUGCUGUUUGCAAAUUGCAAUGUCUAAACUGAAUAAAGACGACAGAUGAGACUGUU